AGGUGGGUGGAGCGGGGAAGGGACAGACGGGGAGAGAAGUUCGGGGCGACAGUGAGGGGAGCCAGGAGUAGGGAAAGCCAAGCGAGGAGAGAAGUGGGGAAGCUUGUGGUGGAAGAGCCACUCCUGUUCAUUCCUGUGAGUCAGAAGAAGAAGUGUUGAUGCUGUGGCGGAGUCGGCAAUAGUAAUGGGCACUAGUGCUUGAUGUCACGCCACUGAGUACAGGGAGCAGCAACAGUCUGUAGGUCGGUGCCGGCCAGUGAGUGCUCAGGAGUAGCAGCAAGUAAGUAUCGUACCACGGAGAGGAGCGGCCACUUGCUGACAGCGGCUCUGAGAAGACUUUUGUCUCCUUAUAUCACUUCAGAGCCGGGAAGAGCCCGAGCAUGUGUCCCCUUGAGCGUGUGAUGGUGAGGAGGAGGCACUGAGUGCGAGUGCUGCUGACAGGAUGGAGGGGAUACAGCUGCCCCCGGCGCCCCUGCCUCUGGAUGCCCUGCUCGACCUGAUGCUGUGCGUGUGCAACGAGCUCGCCUCUUCCCCUCUCUCACAUGAGACGCACAUCGCCCACUUCCUCAGCUGGGCUGACCCUGUGGCCCAGUAUAUACGAGAGCAGAGAAUGAAAAGAAGUGAUUUUGACAUCCUUAAAGUCAUUGGAAGAGGAGCGUUCAGUGAGGUUGCAGUUGUGAGAAAAAGAAGCAGUUCCCAAGUUUAUGCCAUGAAGAUAAUGAAUAAGUGGGAUCUUCUGAAGAGAUCAGAUGUGGCCUGUUACAGGCAGGAGAGAGAAGUUUUAGUAAACGGGGACAAGAGAUGGAUAACUCGAUUACACUUUACGUUUCAGGAUGACAAUUAUUUAUACCUUAUAAUGGAUUAUUAUGUGGGUGGCGACCUACUCUCCCUUCUAAGUAAAUUCUCAGAUGGAUUUCCCACUCAUAUGGCAGUAUUCUAUCUGGCAGAAAUGGUUAUGGCUAUCAGUUCAGUUCACUCUCUAGGCUUCGUGCACAGGGAUAUUAAGCCAGAUAAUAUGCUUCUAAAUCGUGCUGGUCACAUACGUCUUGGAGAUUUUGGCUCCUGUUUGAAACUUCGGGAAGAUGGCACAGUCUCCUCCUCCAUUGCAGUGGGGACCCCUGAUUAUCUUUCUCCUGAAAUACUUUUUGCUGUAGAAGAUCCAAGCUUGUCUUAUGGAGUGGAAUGUGACUGGUGGUCCCUUGGAGUCUGUGCUUAUGAGAUGUACUUUGGCUAUACUCCAUUUUAUGCUGAUUCAGUAGUAGAAACUUAUGGAAAAAUUAUUCACUAUAAAGAGCACUUUAGAUUCCCCCCCUCUUCCAGUGAAGUUCCCUCUGAGGCAUUAAGCUUUAUCUCAUCUCUUAUCUGUGAGCGAGAAUCCCGCUUGGGAAAAGGCGGGCUUCAGGAUUUCCAGAAUCACCCACUAUUUGCUGGCCUUGAAUGGGAGAGAUUGCGGGACAGUAUCCCCCCUUAUGUACCUGAGUCAGAGGGAGCCACAGAUACCUCAAAUUUCGAUGUGGUUGAAGAUCAGCUUUCAGAGAUGGUCAGUGGUGGAGGUGAGACAAUCUCUGAUGUUGCAGACAGCUCUCCUCUUGGAGUUCAUCUGCCAUUUGUUGGCUAUUCUUAUACAGUGAGAGAGGAUGACAGGGAACAUGUCUGGGGAAACUUGAAGAAUGAGUGUGAUUGUAAAAGGGGACUAAUACCCAGCCCCCAAAACAAAACACAUGGAGAUACUUUGGCUUCACAUUUUGAAUCCAUGCUGCCGUCAGACCGACAAAGUGCUCUAGAGAGUGAGAUACAAACUCAAGAUUCCUUAAGUACAGAAAUCAGCCUCUUGAAAUCAAACAAUCAGCACCUGGCUAGUCAAUUAAAUGAAGCUGAUCUGUUAAACUCUGAGCUACAGAGCAAGAUCCGCACACUGGAGGAGAAACUGAGAGAGAAGGAGAAAAGAGAAGAAGAGAGGCGAGAAGAAGUGUUUCUCCCCCGGAGAUGGGAAGUCUGCAAUCAGGAAUUUGAAACUACCUCUAAGAAUAGACAACUAGAUAGCUGUAUACCUUCCUAUUGUCACCCUUUAGUGACACCAGUUCACCGCCACAUGCUGCUCUUCUCACGGAUACCUAAACCUCUUAACACCUGGGUGGGUUAUGUCCUGUUGUGUUCCAGUGACACUUCUUGGCCAUCCUAUCUGCUGUGUCGGAUAUGUCCCACAUAGAGGUCAUCCUUGCUAGACAAGCGUCAGAUCCUGAAGCAUGUCACACUGAGAAAGGAAACAAAAGUCUGCGUAAUGUAGCCUUCUCCUAUUCUGUACACAGUGAUUUGUUUUGGAUCAAGAUAAGUAAAAGUCUCAAAAUCAGAUUUUGUUGGUCGGAUUUUAUCUGACCCGCAAUAUCUUCUUAUACAGAAGAACAACAUUUUGUUGUGGGAUCUUACAAAAUCUGAUCGCCCCCUGCUGUACUGUAAUCUGAUUGGGCAGAUUUGAUUUUUAGAGAAAGUUGUUUCUCCUAAUUCAAUUCCAGAUUUUCACAUAGACUUCAAUGGAGCUUUUACAUGAUAAAACCAACGUUUUUCUUAUCAAAUUAAAUCUGGCUCAAGGUCAGAUGUUUUUUAUCUUGUCUGAUCUAAACACAGUAUUCAGCAUGUCCUCUUAACAAGAGUGUCAUGUCAAAUCGUUCAUGUAGUUUAAACAUGAGCUUUUACAUCAGUCCAAUUAGAUUUUUACCUGUGCAAUUAACUACAUAUACUUGAAUCUACAAGUCACAUAAAUGCAGUUAACACUUUUGAGCAGUCCGCUUCAGGUUGGAAAAUUAAAGUGUUUAUUUGUCCCUAUUGGCAAUUGCACUAAUUCAUAUAGACAAUUAAUUCUAGUUAAGCAGGAGAGAUACUGUAGUACUUGUGGGCAGCCUUUGGUACUAAACUGUGUCUUUUUAUAAGAUAGUUCAUAGAAUUAGAAGUCUUAAAGCGAGGGAAGCCUUCAUGACUUAUGUUAUAACUAGUAAUUUGUUUACCUUGUUCACCAUAACACACUCUCUUCAUAAAGCCUUAGAAGGACAGGGUACAUAGCAGGGCAGCUGCUAAUAUAUCACAUGGCUGUGCCGCUGAAACCCUUGCUCAUUGAUAGCUACCACUGCUGAUGACAUGAGCUGCUUGAUGAUAAACAGGCCCAUAUCAUGUUUAGUUGUCUGUAUCUGUGGUUAUUAGUGUUACAUUUGCUGAUACAGUGAUAGAGUUUGCCGCUUGAAGGGUGCCAGGUUAAAGAAGUGAUACAUGAAGGAACCCAGGCUGCCUUGCCUUUGAAUAUAUUGUGUUAUGUACUGACACAGUCUUUCUUAGCAUUAGAAGUGGUGUGUUGGUUUGUGUGCUUGCCAGCAUUGCUCUUCCCAUCCUUUACACAGCACUUUAGAUGCCCAACAAGACCAGAUACAUACAAGUUGCCACAUGUACACAGUCCUGAAACAUCAUUUACUGAGAUAGUAAAGCUAUUUUGCAUUAUAUCUCUCCAGCCUUACAUUUUUUUUUUUUUACAAAUGUCCAUUAUAUUAGUUAAUUGAAUCUAUAAUUUUUACACUUUAUAACACCAUCAUUUGGUCUGCUUGUGCUUGUAUGAGAAUCAAGGAUUAUCCAUCUGGCUUGUUUUUAAGUUCCCCUGUAAAAAGUCAAGCUUCCAAAUAAGGUGCUCCAACUAGAAAGGGACUUGAUGUGACACAUAUUUCUACAGGUUGGUUACACGCAUUGUUGUUUGCAGGAUACCUUUAUGUUAAGGUCAGCAGUAUAAGGCCUCCAACAAAUUAAAAUGUGUUGCAAUCUUGAAAUAUGAUCAUUUUCUCUCAUGUAAUAAGGUGAAAACUCACAUAUUUCAUCAAACAGUUUGGAACAGUAUGUGCCUUUUGCUUUAACACUAAAUCAAAAAGGAUUUUCCCAGUCUUAUACAGUGCAAACAACAUAAGACCCCCCUUCAUUUUGUCUGUUAAAAGGGGGUUUAUUUCUCUAUUUUAUUGGACUUUUUUUAUAAAUAUAUUCACCAGCAGUAUUUUAGCAUUAUUUCCUUAAGAGUGUUUGUAUGUGUGAGUCCUUCAUGCAAAAUAACGGCAGUAGUUAACUACAUAACAAGAGCAUCAAACUUUCCAGUCUCAAAAUACUUUCUUAGAUUUAAACCUAAUAAAUACCACUGUGUUUCAUAACCAGCCAGAGCAAGGAACAAAUUGACUAUAAUAACUGCAUCUGCACUUUCUCUUUUGUAUUUCAAGUUAGUGUAAAUUAGGAAGUUGUUCUUUGUACAUGAAGGAAACAUAUCUAAUUCAUAUAAAGUUGGAGCACUGGUCAUGCUGUUCACUACAGAACUGUUUCUGCAGGAACACUAAGGGGUUCAAAAGCUUGCACCUUAGUGAUUAUGUAAAAAGCAAUUGCAUCUGUGUUCUGGCUGCGCUUGGCACCGGUGGGUUAGUUCUGGUCAGUGCCGGGUCUAGGUUAGCAGGCACCCAAGUUAAGCCCCUGUCCCAAACCCCAUCCCCUCACCAGUUUGUCUCCUUAGUUGGAUUUGGAGACAUCCCCCCAAUUUGCACACACAAAUCCAGUGGACUUACAGACAGACUAAGGGAAGGCAGACAGAAGCAAUACAUGUACAGUGCCAGUGUUGGCCCUGGUUCUUGCAUGAGUUAAGAACCUGUCUAGUAGUCUGGACUAAAUGGUUUCUGAUGGGUUUCUGGGGGAUUUGUUUUCUGCUCACAAUGUUUUACCAGAAGGAAUUGUUUCCAUUUCAUUACCUGUGAAUGCUUUAUUAUGCAGAAAAAAAAAAUCUGUGCAAUUGCAUCUAUUUUAAAUAGAAGCCAGAGGAUUGUUUUUAUUGAACUUGGUAAUUCUAAGGCUAAUGCUUAGAAUGCUAAAAAGGGGCUGAAGUCAGCCUGUGGAAAUUGGCAUCAACUUCUUCCUUGCCUGCACCCAGAACCAUUGCAUCAGCCCUGGUGCACAGCUGGAUUUUGGCUCUAAAAUGGCUCUAAAAUGCAAACUCUCACAUUAUGACACCAAAAUCCGCUGUGUGUACCUGCACCCGUGCUGAUGUAAUGGUUCCGGGUGCAAGCAAGACUGAUGCCAGCAUAGGGGCUGAUUCUUGGCCUGCGUUUUUCAGCUGGCUCAGUUUCAGUCCUAUAUGACAUUAGCCUAAAGCAAAUCUUGGAGCUUGCUAACUAUUAUUAAUUGUUGGCAGGGAUUCAACCAACUCCAAUACUUGUGCCCACUUCCCACUGAUACAAUAUGCAUGGAAGCAAAUGUGCUUUGUCUCUAAAACUGACAAUAUUGUAUCAAUAAUCACCAUGUUCUCCUGAACCACCAAGGGACAUUUUUCACUGUUUAUUUUUUUAGUGUUUACAGUCUAUAUAACUAUGUUUAACUUUAAACCCAAGUUUGUAUGAUCUGUUUGAUGUAUCAGAGCGCUCCUUUCAUUUGCACUAUAUAUAUCACUUAAAUGUUGUAAUAAUGAAAAUAAUUUUUCUAUUGAGAUAACACCAUCUAAGGAAACAAAGCAGGGUUGUUGGCAGGAGAUAAGUUUGUUUACCAAUAUGGGGAAACGCAUGUUGUUUGAUAGAUUUCUUGAAAUACUUUCUGUUAUAUCUCGUGUAAAAGCUACAGUGAUGAAGUUACUGUGUUCUUGCAGUCAGCACCAAUCCUGCCUCAGGGGGCAGCAACAUACCCCUAUUUAUUACAUAUAAAGCCUGGGCCUGUGAAGAAAAUCUGCUUUCUUUGCAGCUUAUAUCAUUUAUGUUAAAUGACUAGCCUCUGACUAAUGUGCCAAUGAAAUAUAGUUUUCCGUCCAGAGUCCUAGUCCUGUGCAGUUUAUGGUGCUGGACAAAGCGUGCUUUGCCUUGUUCAGACAUAAUGAUGUGUCCUGUGUGUGAAAAUUGUGUAUUCUCUGAAUGGAACUUUUUUCAUAACACACUUUGCCUAUGACAUAAGUUUUGACAGCACUGUGUGACUGAAUGCAACGCAAGCUACACAAACACAUUUAUAUCUAUUUAACCAGCUUUUUAUGAAUCUCAGUGUGUGCAUGGUCCAGAUGAUGUGAUGUACACUUUGCACAAGUCACUACACUUACACCAUUGCAGUGCCAAUGAGUAUCUUGCUAAAUAAAACAGUAUUGUGGCCCUCAGAGGGGGAUGCAAAUAUGGCAGCCUUGCACUGAGAACUAAGCACCCCAGCUGUCCAUAGCUCAGCAUCCAGAAAUAGUCCUCCUAUCAAAGGAUAGGACAUGUUUAUCCACCAAAAUCACCUUUGUGUAGCUUCAUGUAAUGCAUAUUAUGUGUGCACGUGUGUAUAUAAAUAAGCAUCUGUACAGUCACUAAUUUAUAUGCAGAAAUUUCAAAAUAUAAAUAAAUAUACACACUCAGAGUACAACAUUGGCUUUUCCAAAAAUAAAUAGAGAUGUGAAUGUAUAUUUAGGCAGAUAUAAUAUAUUGUUAAAUAUUCAUCUAUACUGAUAGUUGCUUUAGAAAUAUCAAUAUAGAUGUGCCUUUAUUUAGGGAGACAUAAUAAUAUAUUGUAAAAUAUUUUUGUUUCAUCACUGUUGAAACAGUCUGUAUAUAUUUUAUGCAUUUUGUAGAUAUGACUGUACAUAGUUUUUAAUAAAGAGUUGUGUGCUUUA